ACGUCCUUUUCUGCAUGCUGCAUGACAACAGACUAAUAAUUUGGGUUAAUUUGGCUCAUGGUGUUUUGCGCUAAAUCUUUUUCUUCUUUUUUUGCCUCUAAAUGAAUAAAUGAAGAAAACAAAGACAUAGAAAAAGCGGAAAUGCAGCUACUGGUUUGUGUAACAUUAGAGAUCAUAAAGGUUCAGGGUGGCAGUUAUUCCCUCAGUUUCCGGUUUAAUAGGCAUUUAAAGACAUUGAAUACAAAAGCCCCGCAGUCCCAACAUGUUUCUGAAAGUCACAGCCGCGUAGGCUGUUUCCAACUUUUUUUUUUUAGCUUUAUGUAAGAGGUUAUAUUGCCUUGGUGCUAUCAGCAUGGUUGAGUCAAACAUUAAAGAGUUUACAGCGUGUGGACUCUUAAAAAGUUAAUCCACUGAAAAGGGCUUAAGAAUAAAAGAUCAUAAAAGUAAUCACGUGUCCCGAUGUUUUUGGUAGUGUAGGUGUCAUUUUCUCAGCACCUGGAUCGCUGUUUCUGUAAGCGCCUUGAGGCGACGUUUGUUGUGAUUUGGCGCUAUAUAAAUAAAAUUGAAUUGAAUUGUUUGUGUCUUUGAAGACAAGGAAGCUUUUUAUAACGCUGUAUUGUUGUUAAGGGAGGUCAACAUAUCAGAAUUUAAUGUAGGAGCUGCUGUUUUUAGGAUUGUUAUUCAAUUUUGGGCGUGUAGCAUGAUUUCAUAAUCCACUUCACUACUGAGCGACGGGACAAAGGCAAACUGUAGAUGUGAGCUGAUUAAUGAACUUGUUAAUUUAGCGGCAUAGGGUUAAGGUGUUUAGCAGGAGAGGCAGUGCCCCACAGCGUCAUUGCAGCUACUGCAGUGGGAAACUGUUGUGGUUUAUGAAAAAAUUACAAAGUGACUUUAGGACUCACACACAGGCAAAACUCUACAGGCUGUUCAGUCCAUUAAGCCCAACCAGUCAUGGCAGAUGACCUGAGCCCUGUUCUGCUGGAAGUUUCUUCCUGUUAACAGGGAGUUUUUCGUUCCCACUGUCACCUACUGCUUCCUUAAAGGUUUUUGUUUUUUGUUUUUUUUUUUUAUUGUUGGGCUUUCCUGUCUGUUUCUCUUUCUCUCUAUAGCCAUUGUUUGGCUGUUUAUAUAUUGAUUGAUUGAUAAUACUUUAUUCAUCCCAAGGGAAAUUGUUUUAAAGGCUGCCAGGCGAUCCAGCGCCAUAUGUCUGUGUUAACAAGCAGUUGGAGUGGUGUACAUAUUAAAGUCACUGAAGAAUGUUUAUAUAGAACAGUCACUACUGAUAUAAAACUGUUGAAUGAGGGAAAAUGGUAAAAUUAGAGUCUGCAUGGGUGGGUCGCCUGUUUGAGCUGCAGAGUUACACAACUGCAGAGAGGCUGUGAUCCUGAUCAGUCCUACUGGAGGUAAUUAAUAAUUGUAAUGGUAAUAAUUAGAAUAUAAGAGUUACUGCAGGUGUGCUUCAUGCAAAAAAUGCACUCUCCAUUUGGAGUCGCUCAUGGAUCUUGCUGCUGCAUGCUCGAUAAAGAUUUUUUUGACUUGCGACUCCUACAAAGGGUAAGCAAUACACCAAAACUGGAUUGCAUUUGUACUGACCAUUAAUAGAGCCAAAUGGCUGGUGUUUUUUUUUUUUAAAAUUUAAAGCUCUGUGAACAAAUUUGUCAUCUCCAGGUUUUUGUGGUGUUGAUGCACUGGUGUUGGUAUGAGUGUUACUUACAGCAAAAUUGAUGUGGACACAGUUAAAGCUAGAUCACUAGAUGUCUCAUACCACUAACAACACAUAAGCAUGGGAUGUAACCUAACCCCUAAAGCUCUGUGUUGUGGCCACCAGUUAAAUCUUUUUUCUUUUAAAUACUUCUACUUAAUUUCUGAGAGAAUCCAGUUAUUCCAUCAUUUUGGGAUGCCACUUGGCUUUAAAACUGAAAUCACUUUUAAGCCUCAGCCUCAGGUGCAGUUAUAAAAGUUGAAUUCUUGAGUACAGUUCUGUUUUGUAAUUGUCUCUAAUGUUAAAAACCAAAGAACUAAUUCUUAGUGGCAGCGGCAUGAUGUUUGACGUCACCAUUACCCACAAAUGAAAGGACUGCCAACAAUCUGAGGACAGAUGGUUCACUGCAAAAAUGCCUGUGUUGUCCGCAAACAGUGCUCAUUUAACAUAGCUUCAAGGAAUCAGCUCAGAGAUGCUUGUCAUGAUCUUCUAAACAACAUCAGUUGAAAUUCAGUCAACAAUAUUGGCUUAGUUUCUGGAGCGAGCAUCUGACCAACAACCUCAUCAUCAUCCUCUGCAGUGGAGAUGAUUCAUUUACCCCAGUCUGGAUAAAACAAAGGGAACCAAUGUGCAGUUUUGUUUGACUGAUAGAAUGAAAGUUUUCAUCUCUCUUCAUCAUCAUAUCAUCGUUUUCAUCCAACCAGAUUUAAUAAUUUUUAAAAAAUUAUGCUUUCUUUUCUUUCUCACACACAUCCAUGUUUCCAGGCUGGAGAUGUGAUUUCACAAUCUUCUGCUCUGACUUCAGUUGCAGUCUUGACUUGGCUCCAAGCGUUAGAGGAUGAAGAUCGCUGUGGUGGGAGCCACUGGGCAGACUGGACAGUAUCUGGUCAACCAGGCCCUGCUGCAAGGCCACGUGGUCACAGCCCUCGUCAGGAACCCGGGGAAGCUCACCGUGACUCAUGAGAAUCUCAAGGUGGUGACGGCUGAUAUUUUCUCGGCAGACAGUAUGAAGACUCAUUUCAAAGACCAGGAUGUUGUCAUGUCCUGCCUCGGCUUCCCAGCCUCCUUCUUCACCGGGGUGACAGGCUACACUCGGUCCAUGACUGCUAUGGUCAGUGCGAUGCAAGAGACCCAGGUGAACAGGAUCAUCACCAUGACCUCCUGGUACACAGAACCAAACUCUGGAACUCAGUCAUCAUACCUGAUCAGAUUCCUCCUGCUGCCAUUAAUCCGAAGUGUCCUCAGCAACAUGUAUGAGAUGGAGCAGCUUCUGCAGAAGACGGAGGACAUCAACUGGACUGUGGUGCGUCCACCUGGCCUCAAGAACCUUCCGGCCACAGCUCAAGAGUUUCUAACCCAUGAGGGAUACUUUGUGCCUGACAACAAUGGUCAACCUCCAGGCAGCGCAGUAGGAAGAGGAGACGUGGCUCGCUUCAUGCUCUCUCUGCUCAACAGCAACGCCUGGGUCAAGAAGGGAGUCGCCAUCACUACUAAAUAACAAAGAAGAAGCCAGGCUCUGUGCUCCAACAUAUUGGCUGUAUCCAUGCAGGGAGACAUUUUUCGGGGAUAUUAAUCUUGCAAUAUUUACAGUGAAGCAUUCAGCGUCUGGUGCAUUAAAUAAUUAAAGUUGUAGUCCUCAGUUUUUUAAUGCAGUUGAAUCUAUUGUUUUGUAUUUGCGUUUUACAAAUUUAGUGCUUUUAUUCAGUCAUAUAAAGCAACGAUCUAUAGGCACAACUCUUAAUGAAGCUUUGCUUCAUAAGAUGGGAGUAUGUUUAUAGUUUAUGUGGGUAAAGUAUCGUGAUUGAUUUCUCCUAUAAUCAAACAGCACUGUGUUUACAGCUUGGCUUAAACUUAGCUUUAAUAAAAUAGCAAGUCCCCCUGAAAUCUAGUAAGAACAACCCAUCUGAAAUUGUUUUUUUUUAAGCCUCCAAGCAUGGUAAUGCAUCCAUUGUAAACACAGCCAGAGCUAUCUUCAUGGUGAGAUUCCGCCGAAGCUGGAAUAACUGGUCUAACUGGGGUGAAGUGCCUAUUAGGAAAAAAGAGUUGCUAGUAGAAAUAACUGUCUAACUGAUCAAUGUUAUUUUAUUUACUUUUUAAAAAAAAAAAAGUGUGUGUGUGUGUGUGUGUGUGUGUGUGUGUGUGUGUGUGUGUGUGUGUGUGUGUGUGUGUGAAAACCAGUGACUAACUGUGAGUGCCUUCCCAUGCAUAUUGCACUGUCAGACACAUGAUGGCAGUGCUGUGCCACAUCUAGUAGUUUUAAGUAAAGCAAAGUUACUUGACUCUUACAGGUCGUGUCCAUAAAAAAAAAAAGUGUAAUGACAGGUUAUCACCAAGUGCUCUGCAUGUGUUAAAAAAAAGAAAGAAAAAGAAGUACUGUACAAGUUGUGUGAAAUGAACAGUUUUGAAAAGGGUGAAGGAAUAUUUGUGCUAGAAGUUCAAAUACAAGAAGCAAAUUUAGGAAAUAUCAGGUUAAAUGAAAUCCUGAGUUGAGAAUUCUUAUCAGAGAAAAUUAUUUGUUGCUUGUAUGAGUUUUAGUUGCAGAGUCGCACCCAGCGUCGUGUUUUUGAAGAAGUUGAUUCCAGCGAAAGUUUUCACUACUGCUUUUUUUUUUUUAAGUGAGGAUGUGGCUGUGAGCUGUAUGCAGGAGUAAGAGAGUGUUUCAUAUUCGGCCACUCACAUGAGGUGGGUUUUUUUUUUUUUUUUUUACCUGCUUACAUAAAAGCAAACGGGCAAGUUACCAGAAACCUUAAGGAA